AUGUCACAGACAUCGACAGGCACUUCUCGCCUCAACAUCUACCUUCAAGCCCAUGGGCGGUUAACAGCACUUAGUUGGCUUGAGUCAUGCUCGGGCCCUGCCCACGAGAGAAUGUGGACCUGUGUCUGCAAAAUCAACGGUGUACCACGUGGGGAAGGGACUGCUCCUCAAAAGCAUGCUGCCAAAAACAUUGCGGCCGACAUUGCGUGGGCCUAUCUUGUGGGAGCAAGCACCAGUUCUUCAGGCACCUCUUGA